AUGGCUGCCUACAGGGUGACCCAUGCUUUCUCACAAGCAACGAAUGUUUUGCGAUAUACCUCAGUGCGGGGCUUGUCAGUAUCAACUAAUCAACAAAGUAUACCUUCAUCAUACAUUAGAGGCAAUGGCCAACUUGAUGUUCGACUAUUUCCGAUUCGGUCCAUGUCAGGAGGGGGUGGAAAACCAAGAAGUUUUAUUGCACAAUUUAUUGACAAUAUCAGACAGGAUAUCUCAAAAAAUAAGGAGAUGAAGGACAGUUUGUCAAAAUUUCGUGAAGAAGCCCAGAAGUUGGAAGAAUCAGAAGCCCUUAAGGAUGCUCGGAGGAAAUAUGAGAAAAUUGAGUCUGAGACUGUGAAAGGGUCUGCAGUUAUAAAAGAGAGACUGUCGGAGAUAAAGGAUAAAGUUCAAGAGACAGUUGAAGAAGUCCAGAAGACAGAGAUUGGUAAAAAGGCUGGGGAGUUUACAAGUUCUGUUGGAAGUGCAGCUGGGAAAGCUGCAGAAAGUUUAGGAAAAUCUGGUGAACAAAUUGCACAGAGUCAGGUUUUUAAGACCGUCAGCCAGGGUGUCGUUAGUAUAAAACAAGAAAUAGAUGAAACUACUCUUCAGCGAGCCAGAAUUUAUAAAGCACCAGCCAAGUUAAAAAAGCGGAAACAGCGGGGAUCUUUAGGGGAAAAAGAAGACAAGCCAUUGGAGGCAGAUGAAGAAACAAUUGGCAUGGUGUUACACAAAGAUUCUAAAUGGUUUGAAAGUUGGCAGAAUUUCAAAGAUAAUAAUCAAUAUGUUAACAAAAUGUUUGACUUGAAAAUGAAGUAUGAUGAAAGUGACCAUGUAUUGAUUAGAGCAACCAGAACAUUUACAGACAAGAUGUCUGAACUUUUUGGUGGCGUUUUUUCCAAAACGGAAAUGUCUGAAGUCCUCACAGAAAUAUGCAAGAUGGACCCAAAUUUUGACAAAGAAUCCUUCAUCAAAGAGUGUGAGCAAGAAAUAAUACCAAAUGUUUUAGAGGCAAUUGUAAGAGGAGAAUUAGAGAUUCUUAAAGAUUGGUGCCAUGAAGCUCCGUACAAUGUCAUUUCCCAUCCUAUCAAACAAGCCCUGGGCAUGGGCUAUAAACUAGAUUCCAGAGUAUUAGAUGUGACGAAUGUAGAUAUUGCUGCCGGUAAGAUGAUGGAACAGGGUCCCAUGCUAGUCAUCAGUUUCAUUGCUCAGCAGAUCAUGUCUGUCCGGGAUAAGGCUGGUCAGCUGGUCGAGGGAGAUCCAGAGAAAAUUCAGAGAGUCAUGUACGUUUGGGCAUUGUGUCGAGACCAAACUGAGCUUGAUCCGAAAGCUGCUUGGAAAGUGAUGGACAUUUCAGCUAGUGCCUCAGAACAGUGGCUUUAGAGAAGAACACUACAGUACAUGUGUUAUGCAUUGAUGUGUACCAUACAUUGGUUAAAACAGCAAGGACUGCCAAUAUCUUUGACUGGCUUUGGCAGCAAUAUCCCAUCCACAACUUUGUUUUGUUGAAUACAUGUAGAUGUUACCAAGAAUUCAUGAAGACUUCAUUCUUGAUGUUGCUUGCUGUAAAAAUCUUAUGUUUACUGCUUGUACAUGUAAGAAAGAAAGUGAUGUUGGACACAAGAUGGCAGACCCCGAUGAAAUUGAUUAAAACUGGAACGAAAGGAACAUUCAGCAUUCGUGAUUCUUCCUGUGGGUUUUUAGGUUGGCUUGCUGUGAAAUAUUUGUUAAGAUUCUGUUAAUAGUACAUUCUGGUAUUGUGUACAUGAUGAAUUAUGUAUGGAAGAUUUGUUUACAGAAAAUAGAUAGAAUACUCAUA